AUGUUGGUCACCAGUCCUGGAAUGCGCGGCAUCGGCUACCCCACGAGGAGGAUAGGCUGGGCCGAUUGCAUCGUCCCACAUCCAGACCAGGACGGCGAGGUGCUACAUGCUCGGAGUCUCAGCGCUCGUUCCGCACGACCUCGACAACGUAACAGCAGGUUCCGCAGACGGCGACCACUCUGGGACGCAGCUGAGGCUCUGGGCCUAAGCGGCCUGCUUCGCCGGACUGGCAGGCUCAUACGGCCUUGGCGGAAGUGUGGUGCCAAGUGGAAGCAGCGGGUUGCGCCUGUCCUAGCCAGAAAUUGGCAGGAGUGGGGUGCCCCGCGCUGGGCGAGGGAAGCAUUGGGGCUGCUUCUUCGCCGGCCCUUUUUUUCACAGGUUCUGUCCACGAAGAGCAGGGCUGAAGCGCUCAGCUUGCUCUUUCUCUUCGUUGCCAAAGGCUCUCCCAACCGCGACCAGAUCAACGCGCCACACAGGAAACGGAGAGAUUCUGUCGCCCGCUGCCUGUCAGGUGCCAUCUGGCGGUCUCCAGGCACCCCAUACCAGGAUCGGGCUGCAGCGCUGCUUUUCGAGGAUGGCCGUUCCUGGCUGCUGGAUUCCGAUGUCAUCGUCUCAUCGGUGGGAAGGCUGCCAAGUGAGAGCUCAUUGCUGACACACGUCUGGAAAGCUGGCAAGUCGAACUCUGGUGGCGUGCGGGAAGUGGUCUCGCCUCGUUCCGAUGGCUUGGAAGCUGCGGCUUACAGGCUGUUUCGCUCCCUGGGGUCGCCCGCCGGGAGUGCCUUGAUCCUGCUGGACGACCAGCAUCCUCCACUGCCCCUGGUGGAGCACGGUCAGUCUCGGAUCAGGCGAGCGCUCUUCUUGAUCGGGUGUCCAGCUGGGCUGAGCCCAUCGCAGGAGCAUGCUUUUGCACGUGCGGCGCGUUGUGCCGGUUGGCAGGUCCUUCGGCUGCGCUUGGGCAAAGCAUCCGAGUUUGCCUCGAAGAUGGUUCUACGACUUCAGGUUUGGCACUCGUGUGGACGCCUUCUACCAUCCCUCGAUGCCAUGACAGUACCUGGAGGUGGACAUGGAAAGACCGAAGGACCCUUCUUGCCGUGGCCAUCGCAGCGCAACCUGGCAACAGACUAUGAUAGCGGCGCUCUGACCAAGGUUGCGGUCCAUUUCCUUGUGCCCAUUGAAGCAGAGCUGUCCGAACUCUUGGACCGCAAGGGCCCACACUCCUCGGCUGCUCGUGAUGCGCUUGCCCUGGCAACGCGCAGUGCUGUGGCAGCUGUUUGCCACUCAAAGGGCGGAUGGCGCGGCUGCCAGAUCACUUUGUGCUUUCGAUGCGGAGGCAUGAUCACUAUCCGCGGCAGGCUUGCGGACAGACUGGUCCACACGUCUCUCGCACUCAGCGAGCGUGUUUUCCUCAAAGAGCUGAAGAAAUCUGGGCUGAAACAGCAGGAGGAAGCCUCCAGCGGGAUAAGAGUGCACAGAGGCCAGAAGAUCAGCUGUGGAGGCGCGGUGGUGUUGGACCUCGCUGCGAACGGAAGCUCGCGCGUGCCAGCUCUUCCAAACAAGGAUUCAGCUUUGAAUGCUAUUCACCCAGCUGAGAAGCUCAGGGCUGCACUGGGGCAGCGACCUGAAUCCUUCUUCGUCGAUCUCGGGACUAAAAAAGUCACCGCUGCACCACACCAUGUCGCGGCAGCUCUGCGUGGGUGUGAACGGGCCAAUGCACCAGAGGUCAUUGGCAUCCUCCAGAGCGCCCUCCUGGGCGAGGAGUCUUCAUCCAUGGAAAUUCUGCGAACCGUGCUCAAGACACCCAGGCCCUAA